AUGAAAAAUGAGAGUUUGAAAAACUUGGAAAAAGAGGAUAUCAGUAUGGAUUUGUAAGCUUCUUCUUCUUUGUUUUUUUUUGAAACGCUGCUUAAGCAUCUUUAAAAAGGAAAAAAUCCGAUUCCAGAACUCAACGAGAACGAAAAGCUAUAAAAAUAAGAGAGGAUGUUCCCGACGGCGAUGUGGAUUUGAGCAGACCAGAUGUUCGGGAGAUGAUUUCGCAGAGAAAAGAUUAUGUGCCGGAGAAGAGGCAAAGUGUGCGAGGAUUUGUGAUUUCGGGUGAUAAACAGUGUCAAAGUGAGUUAUUGAUUGAAGCUGGGUUACGGUAGGGUCUAAAAACAUUUUAUUUUCUUGAAUUACUGUAAAUUUGAGUAGAAAAAACUAGGUCCAGAUUACUGUACCUUUUGAUUUUCCAAAAAUUUCUGAGUUACUGUAUCUUUGCGAUAACAAAUUUUCAAAAAAAAAUGUUUUGUAGUUUUGAAUUUCCCGAAAUUUACGUGAAAAAUUGCACUAGACUGUAGUUUGAGAAAAAUCCUCUGAAUCCACGCGUUUCUCGGGCUUCCCCAUUCCAAAUAUAUAAAUUUUUCCAGGAAUUGUUCAUCCACUUCGAUCCGAACUCAAUUGCGAUCUUGUCCACAAUGAAAAAUCUCGAAAAUCAUCAAAAAGCAACAAAUCUCGCUCCCAAAAAUCGGCAAGUUUGAAAAAUUCGAAAAGCCAAAAAUCGACAUCGAUCAAAAUUGCUCCGACACAAUUGAAUCAUUUUGAACAGCCCAAAAGUCAAGGGUGAGUUUGGGAUUUUUUUUGGGUUUGAAAAAUUAUUUGUGAGUUUUUAGGAUGCCCGUUGUUUCGAGAUCAAAAUCGAAUUCGAAAAAACAAAAAAAGAAGAAGAUUCUGGGAGUUUUCAGCAGACGAAAUCGUGUAUAA